GUUUUCAUGAUUUCCAGUGUUGUGAUUCUAAAUAUAAUUUAAAUCUCCACACCAUUGCUAUGAUAGACGGACGAGCUGGAAAUGCCGCGCAAAAAACCCUUUAGCAACAAGCAGAAAAAGAAACAACUGCAGGAAAAAAGAGAAAAAAAUCGUUUGAAAAAUCUAGGUAUAUUGAAUUUACGCUAACUUACUCUAUAUGCCGGAUAUCUUCAAAACGGUUGUAUCAUUAUAAGCAGCAUGGAUGUCUGUUUUUAAAUAGUGCUACAUCGUUGGUGUGAAAGGUGUUUUUCAUUUAUCGGUCAAAAUAUGUAUAUAUGUAUAUUUUUUUUUCAGAUGAAGGGAGCAAAUCUUCAAACGGGAAUUCAGCUGACACAGAAGGCGAUGAAGAGUCCGAGAUUGGAGGGCUCGAAAAAUCUUUGGACGAAAGGAGAGCAGCUGUCGAUAAAUUACAUCAUCAGCCCCUCACCCACCGGCAGGAGAAAAACCGAAAACACGAUCCAAACAGGUACAGGUUAUCUUGGGAAUAUUUUAAACUCAUCUAUGCUUUUAGUUGUGCACAGAAAAUGAAAUUGAAAUACGUCCCCCCAAAUAUUUUUACAUAAGAUAAUCAAUCGCUAUUCAAUUCUUCCCUAAACAGAAGAACGAAACCCUUACACGUAUGUUCUUGAAAGAAAAGAGGCAUCAUUUCCUUUAAUUUUGUUCUGUAUAAAUGUUCUUUGCUUGAGUUAUUGUAAAACCAUACAAGUUCCUAAUUCUUCUAACGGACAAUGAAGUAAAUCGUACAAUGACUUGCUGUUCUCCCAUCCCAUGCAGGUUUUUGUUACACUUAAGUACAUCUGAAGAAAUUGUGACCUACUGCUUGAAUACAUUCAGACAGGCCAUAGCCACUAAGUUUUCAGAUUAUCAGCUUGAGGAACUUUUGUUAUACUUAGAUGUGAAUAAAAGCUAUUUUUAAAGUUUUGCAAUAUGCCAUUGGAAUGAGAAACAACCACCCUUGCUGACAUUUCAUUGUUGAAUUUUAUAUUUCUAUUUUAAUUUUUAGGAUCAAAAACACAAACCCUUACCUUGAAUUGACUGCACUUAAUCAAUAAUUUAUAAUUACCUUUAUGAUUUUCUUCAGAUAUCGCUUGCAGUUUGAUCGUGAAUCAAAGGCUGAAAUUGAAGCUAGGAAAAAGGCUGCUCAAGAACCACUAGAGUAUGUCACUGAGGUAUGCUAAGUUCUCAUUUUUAUCUUGUCGCAUAAGAUAUUUAUUAUAAAGGCACUGAUAAGGAAAAUUUGUUAACAUUAUCAAGAGCUGCUUGACAGUUGAUGAUCAUUUCCUCUAUUCUCAUGACCUUCAUGUUUGAUUCAGAGGUGAUAUUGUAAGGAGAAAUUAGAUGCUUGUUUCUCUAAGGGGUUAAGGGUUAAUAAUCUUACCAUUUCAGUCUAUGAGGUUAUGGAAAUUGGUUUUGGAAUGAUGCAUUUAUCCUCUGUUGAUCCAAUAGAUUGAAUAAUAAAAUUGCACCAAAUUAGUCAAUUAUUGAAUUUGUUUUUGUGGUUCAUUUAAAUGAAUAUGAUGUUUAUUGUCUAAACUCUAGGAAAUUCUUGAGGUGAGCCUUGAAAGUACCUACAAUCCUGGAUCAGGUAUAAAUAGAUUAAAAUAGUAUGUUGGUACUUUAGGAAUAAAUGCUCAUUAAUUAAACUUUUCACUCCCAAGAUCUUGAGAGUAGUUCUCCGUACUGUCUGCCAAACAAUUUUCUGAUAUUAGUUUGAAGAAUUUUUUUUUGGAUCAACUGAGAAUCCUCUUAAUGACAAUUUUUCCCUUUAUUCUCAUCACUUGCUUGCAGAAGAUUAUAAUUUGAUAUUGUAAGGAGAAAUUUUGCCUUAGUCACUCAUGGGAGUCAGAGCAUCUGUUAACUUGUUAUAUGAAAUCAAAAGUGAAUGUGUUAUCAGAAUAUGGGAACUACCCAAAGCUUGAUAAUUGAAUGUGCAAUAUUUUAGAUGUUGUUUAAAAUAUGGUUGAAAUAUUUGAGAAAUUCAAGGGAGAUCAUAUCCAUGUACUUGAAGUUUAAAUGGUACCAGCAAAUUGUCAGGGAAGCCUGAUAAAAUGCUAAGGGGGAACCUUGCAAUGGAGUAGCUUCUAAUCCAGGGAGGAGUAGUAGCAAGCUCUAAUCUCUUCAGCCACUUGGAAACAGGGAUAAGCUGAGGCUGAGAGGGCCAAUAGGCUCCAGUACAAACUUUACCAUAACUAGCUGGAAAAAUAAAGAAAAAUAAGUUUUGUGUUGUUUAUGAUUCUGUAGUACUGGACAUGCCUAAAAGGCCCCCUUGGAAAUAUAGCAUGAGCAAGGAACAAGUAGAACAAGCAGAGCAAGAAAAGUUUGAAAAUUUCUUGGACAAGAUUUAUGAUGAAUACAAGCACUCAGAACUCAGUUACUUUGAGCGAAACUUAGAGGUAAUAUAAUUUGUCACUGUAUAAUUCCUCAAAUCAGAGUUGAUGAUUGAAUAGCACUAAACAUAGGGAAGUCCUCCAUUAUGUAUGGUGGAUCCAUUUGGUGAAAAUUGAAAAUCCAAACAGUUGAAUAUUUGCUAAAUUGAAUUAAUGUUAUAUUUUUAUUGUUAUUGGAAGGAGUUUUUAAUGUAAAUAUAAUGUAAUGUAAAUUUUGUGUAACUGGAAUAGCUAAUUUAUAUUUUUAUAUUGCAGACAUGGAGACAGCUGUGGCGAGUUUUAGAAGUUUCUGAUAUUGUUGUUCUUAUAUCAGAUAUUCGACAUCCAGUAAGUUGAUGGUUAGACAAAGCUACAUUCCAUACUUCUGUAAAGCUGUAUCAUUAUCUGGCUUUUAAUGUUAAAGAUCCUAAAUUAAAGGUGAUACAUGUUUUGAGUGCAUUUUCCCUGAAGGUUUCAGAUGGUCUUCACUAUUGUAUUCAAUGGGGAAGGAGCUAAUAUCAUCCUUUAAAAGAGCUAAUUAGAAGCAGCUAUUGACUCUAUUUCUAGAGCCAACUGUUUACCCAAUUGGACCUUAUCUUGUUUUCCCAAGCAUGAUUUGACCAGAAGUAUCACUAAUCCUCCCUGAUUAUGAUGCCAGUUCAUUGCAGCAUUUCAUCAGACUUUCCUGACAAUUUAAGGUACCCAUUUAUACUCUUGGGUGGAGAGAUGUACCAUAAAAGAAGUGUUUUGCCCGGGAACACAACACAGUGACCUGGCCAGAUCUCAAAUUUGGACUUCCCGACCCACUGUGUCCAGCAUACUACCCAUCAGGCUAACACAAUGACCAUAGGUGAACCAGGUCAAACCAAUGAAAACAACAGGGUAAAUGUCCCCUCCUCCCCAAGAAUUUUUGGGCCUUAUUAAUUUCCAUAACUGAUCUGAUAUGUUACUAGUAAUCCCCAAUCCCAAAACGAUAUCCAUGAUCAUUUUACAUCUCUAUAAUGAUAUACUUCAAGGUACUUCAUUUCCCUCCAACUGUCUACAAUCAUGUUGUGCAAGACUUAAAGAAAGAUUUAGUGUUGGUUUUAAAUAAGGUAUGUACCAUGUUAUACAUUAUCACUAUUCUUUUUUUAAAUAUUAUGCAACAACCAGGCUUCAUCAGAGAUUCUAUAGAAUUAAGUCCACUGAAUUUGUGUUCCUGGACUUUCAAUUAGCCUUUUCGUUAGAGCUUGUAAAAUGCUGGCUAGACUUUCCUCAAUUCAGAAGAAAGGUAGCAUUAUUCUGAUUUGCUCCAUGCUUGUCAACCCAGGAUGAACGCAAAAGCCUAAUAACCUGCAUGGCCAAGAAAAAUAAGUAAUUAACCCUCUGCACCCCAUACCAUCAGUAUGUAUAUUCUCCAUACUGUUCUCUGUACAUUUUCUAAAGUACUGAUAAGGAGAAUUUGUUUGACAAUCAACAGGCCUCCUUACUUAAUGAUCAUUUCCUCUAUUCUCAUAACCUUAACAUGUGAUUCCAGGGAGAAACUGUAAGAAGAAAGUAGAUGCUCGUGAAAUAGGGGGCAAAGGCUUAACUUUCUCAUCAGAUUUUCUCAUAAUGUAUUGUAAAAUAAUUAAGAAAUAUGUUUUUUCGUCUUGUCACGAGCGUGGGAUACAGAAAAAUUCUGAGUCCCCGUGAGGAAUCGAACCUCAGAACUUCGGAUUUGUGCUCUGAUGCUCUACCACUGAGCCACAAAGACUCUUUGGUGAGCAAGGUCUAUUAUGAAGUUUUUAUAACACGCGUCCUGCAUACUGCUAGAAUUCGCAAUGUUGAUAGCGUAAUGUUUUUGAUAGAAAUAGUAGAGAUGGUAAGUUUUGAGCUUGUUGAAGAAUGAAAUAAGAUCUUUCUUAAUUCUUCACUGAGCUCAAAACUUACCAUCUCUUCUAUUUCUAUGUAAAAUAAUUGUAGCUACUUAAAACUGCAUGGUAACUCAAAGCUGUAUGUUCAUUUUGAUUAUUAGUUUUGCAAAUUAUUUUGUACAUCUCUUUUUGUUUUGUUUUGUUUGAUUGGUUUUUAUAUUUUGUUUUUUGUUUUUUGUUUUUUUGUGUGUGAUGUACUGUUUUGUCUUGUUGCUGCAGAUAGAUCUUGUUCCUCCAGAAGUAGUAACAGCCUGGAAGUAUUACUUCACAUCCAAGUUUGAAAAGCUCAGGGUUGUAUGCUUUACAUCCUUCCCUAAAGAUGAAAAUGAACGUAAUAAAGACCCAAGUAAAGGUACAAUUAUUAACUUUGUGAGAGCGUUAAAUUAUAGAAUUAAAAUCAUCAAAGAUGAACUCCUGAAGAACAUUUCACCGUGAUUUUAACUUGUAUUGAUUUUUGAUGAUAUGCUGAAUUGUUUUCAACGCCAGUUUUAUCAAAGCGCCGUCGCCGCAAGAGAUGUUUCUUUCCUGUUGGACCAAGGGCUCUUCUUGAAGCUUGUGAGAACUUACGUGGAGACAAAGGUAUGAUGAUUAAGUUAACUUAGUUUUCCCACAAUUUUGUUAACUCUUAGACUCCUAAGAGUGAGUAGCAUCUAAUUUUUCCCGACAAUAUCAUCCCUGAAUCGUUACAGUGAGGUCACAAGGGUAAAGGAAAUGAUCGCCAAAAAUAGAAACUCAAAUUAUCCUUAUCAGCUCUGAACAGUAUGGAGAAUAUGCAUACUGAUGUUAGAGUAUAGUGUGUUAACACUAUUUGAUGCUGUUUAAUUGUUGAGCUGGAAUUCUGAGUCAAAAUCUGCAUAUUUUGAAGGAAAGCAGAUUGACAUAAUCUAAAUAAAACUAGAGUCAAACUGCCGAGGUCGUUCGAACGAUAUUUCGUAAUAAGCAAGUGGAAAAUGAAAACAAUUUCCAUUGUCUUUUUGUUAAAUAUUUUUAAUCUAUCACCUUUAUUUUAGUUGACUUUAGCAACUGGGCCAGAAAACUCAGUCAGCAAGAAAAAGGAGAAGAAGAGGGCAUCAUUUAUGAUGACUACGGUAGCUCUGAGGAGUCUGAAGGUACAAUGCUAUGCCUCAAUACUACUCAGUGAAAUGCAAAAGUCAAUCAAUUCACAAUGGUGUGUAUUCAACUAAGUACUGUUGAAUGAUCAUAAACAAUCGAUUACAUACCGGGUGAGCUUAUCCUAAUUUCCUCAGCGUUUGGCGACUGGCAGAGAGUAUUUCAUUUUACCGUUACAUGCUUGUAGUCUGCGCGGUUCACCCCUUUCUUUUUCAGGUUCCCAUUGGGCGUAACAGCUCGCUAAUCUCCAGCUAUACUUGAGCUGGCCCAGUUUUUCAAAGGACAGAUGACGCUAUCCAACUAGUAAUUCGCAUCGCUAUAUAGCGGAUAUGUGUUAUUAAAACGAACUGCGCUAUCCAUCACAUGGCGAUUUAUCCAGUGGGUAUGUGUUAUCCACCCUUUAGAAAACAUGGGCUUGGGCGGAGAAAGGCACCAGACAAUGCUUCGAUCCCCGGCAAGGACCUGGGCCCAGCCCCCUCAAUUUGCAAGAAAUAGGACAUCCACCGGUUCAUCAAGACUGCGAGCCAUCCUACAUGUCUCUAAAAGUUUGCUAAGGAACAGAGAAUACAUUCGGGCGCCAUUCGCGUUCAACAAAGGAAUACUCGAGAGAACGUCCCGUUUCGGGAGGCGUAAAAUUUAAGCGCUUGCGUGUACCCUUGCUACCGCUAUACUUGCGAGAAAUCAGUAACACUUUUUAUUCUAAGUAGAUAUAUUCCAUUUUUCGUUUCGACAGAAGAGGAAGGUAGUAGUUUUGAAGAUGUCGAGCAUAACGAAGAUAUACUAACGUUGGGUCUCGUAGGUAAGUGGAGCCGUGUUCUAGAAGAAAAGUUGAUACUAAGGGGCUGCUAGUACAUUGUAUUUGCAGCGCGCCCGACGCGUGCGUUGCCCAAUUAAAGUUGCUUAAAACAAAUACAAAGCCAUCUUGUACGAGUUAAAUUGCUCUGACAACGCGUUCAUUAAAGUCUGCUCGGCUCUUAUUUUAGGUCACCCAAAUGUUGGAAAGUCCUCCCUUCUUAAUGGUCUCAUCGGACACAAGGUUUGUAGCAGGGUUCUACAAGUUGUACUUUCCUUACUUUGAAGUUUACUUUUGAGCCCUUUUUAGCGGGUGUGCGAAUAUAUCAUAAGGGUAGGGAUUUCGCCAUUGGCUUUGACGAAGUAGUAACGCUCGAAACGUCAGCUUUAGAAACUCUAUAGGGUGGCCAAUUUACAUAAUCAAUACAGUCGAUGAAACCAGAUUACCUGAUUUCAAUAAAAGCCGGUUACCGUUGGUCUGCAGCCGACUGUACGACCACUCACCGCCGUCUUUUUAGCCAGCGGGCUCUCGUUUUUGGGUUUCGCCUUACGCUAUUGAAACUGACCCCUGUAAGAGUCUUGGCUCUUAAAAUAGUAGAACCCACCUCUUCCAUACACGUUUUGGAUGUUCUUUUUCAUAUAUUUCUUCCCAACAGGUUAAGAGCACCUUUUGUUUCGCCUUACGCUAUUUAAACUGACCUCUGUUAGAGUCUUGGCUCUUAGAACCCACCUCUUCCGUACACGUUUCGAAUACUCUUUUUCGCAUAUUUGCUCCAAACAGGUUGUGAGCACCUCUCGUACGCCUGGCCACACCAAACAUUUUCAGACUAUAUUUCUUACGCCCAACGUGAGACUCUGUGACUGCCCCGGAUUGGUGUUUCCUUCUGUCGUUGGUAAACAGCUUCAGGUAAGCUUUGGUUUUUUCUAUGUUGCGAUAACUUUGGUUGUGCGUUUCUUUCCCAAAGUGGGACUAAAAACACCCUAAGUGGUAGCUCAGAGCGAAUUUUCUUUAAUUAAGUCGCGAAUAUUACGUCUGCUGGUGUGGUUUAAAAGGGUGUGGACACAAUUCUGUACACUUUUAUAUGUCAGCCGAAUUUAAAACUCAUGAAUACGUAGACAAGUUGUUACUGGGUUUCUGAUUUCGUUUCAUGGGGAUUUCGAGUCGAUCGUACUUCACGCUCGUAUCGUCAACAGAAGGAGUACUUAUUCUGAAAGGUAAUGAUGCAACCCUUCAGUAAUAUAAACGAAAAAACUCUCCCUAGUUCCUGUGCGGCAAUUUUUUUUUGUUCUCUUAUCGAGAUUAAAAGAGCGGAUAAAGACACCCUAUCCGAAAGAUAUAUCUGAUCCAUUCGUAUGAUUACCUACCUGUACCUAAACUUUGCCCUCUUACCUCUUUGUUUCACUGGUACCCAGCUGUCACAAUUCAGCCACAGAUGUCAAGACAUCCUCAGCAGAUGUACUCAACGUUGUUGCCGUGUUUUCCUGCCCUUAGAUCUUAUCAGGAAUGUAUCCUAUUUCACAAGUUCAGGAACCAUACACCUCUGUGGGGUAUUUAGCUGCCAGAGUACCCCUGGUUGAUCUACUACAGCUGGUCCACCCCGAAAAUAGAGCUGAUUCUGGUGGAGAGGGAGGGGUGGGAGAGGAAAACCAUCCUUGGUCAGCAUGGGAUGUUUGUGACGGUGAGAUGAAUACUCUCCAGAUCUAAACUGCUUCUUACAACAUUUCGCUGUUAAAUAACUUUUCUGAACGUGAUUGCAGUCUAAGUCUCUAACCGUGCUCUUGUUUUGAUGAUUCUUUCAGCCUGGGCUCAUAAGAGAAGUUUUCUAACAGCAAAAGCAGGCCGCCCCGAUGUAUAUCGAGCAGGUAUUUGGCGUUGCUAACAUCAUCUAGGAAAGAUUUGGGUUGAACUACCUGUACCUAGAUGCAGACGCCUUAUCUUAGAAAGGAGAUCAGACAAACAGAGCUUGCUAAGAAUUUAUGAAGCGUGUCAGUGGCAAGGUGCAGUUGCUAUGUCAUAGAACUGAUGCACAGACGGUUUUGAGACGCCGGUAAGAGAAUGCAGCAUCUUCUCGCGCGCUUCUCCGUCAACCAUUCAACUAAACGCUCGAUUAAAAUUUGUGAAGAGCAUCAGGGUAGAGAAUUUUUAACUUUUAGCUUGAAAAUUCUGCAAUUGACAUGAUCCUGAAACGAUACUCUCUCUCUAUAUAUAUAUAUAUAUAUAUAUAUCUAUAUAUAUAAAUAAAUAUUACGAGAGGAAAAAACGACGCAACUACAUAUCCCGACAAGCCUGUUUCGUGAAUCGCUUCACUCUUCAGGGGUUUAAUUAAACCCCUGAAGAGUGAAGCGAUUCACGAAACAGGCUUGUCGGGAUAUGUAGUUGCGUCGUUUUUUCCUCUCAUAAUAUUUAUUCUGCUCUACUUCAACGUAUUGAGCACUCUUCCACGCGAAAAUCGACCUGCAGACUUUCUAUAUAUAUAUAUAUAUAUAUAUAUGUACUUUUUUAAUGUUUGGUUUAUUUUCUGUACUUUACAUCUUAGCCAACAGUCUUUUGAGACUGGCUGUGGAUGGCAAGAUUGUUAUGUGUGUAUAUCCACCAGGCUUCAUAAACAAAAGAGGUAAGUCAAUCGGAAUCUUUUCCCCAAUGAUUUUCGUGUCAAUGACAUGGAAUUGAUAAGCAAUUGCCAAUUACAGUUUACCAGUGAAGGUGGGUGGCUCUAUAUAACUUUUUUGUGAGAUGAAAAAAGCAAAAAAAAGAGCUUGUAAACCUGGCGUUGGCGCACAAUUAAACGACUCUUGUGACAAAUGUGGGAAGGAAACGACGGACGAAUUUCGCCUGAGUGAGGUAAAGCUAAUAACAAAGACGUCACAAGGAGCCAAUCAGAAAAUAGUCUACUGCACUGCUCGGAUCAAUAUCAGUAUCUGGGCAACUGCCCACCUACCCCUCCCCUAACCCAACAUUAACCUUAACUUGUUGUCAAUUGACUGUUGUUGAGGCAGGGGAGGGGUAGUUGAGCAGUUGCCUAGAUACUGAUAUUGAUCCCACUGCUCAAGUAGUGUUCAUUACUGUGAAGAAUGCUGUCAUAUUCAUUUCUUAACCCGCAGUUCACAUAUGUGAUUUUCAUUUUAACACAGUCAAUUAUUCAUCACUUCACGGGUUUAUUACGAGCUAACAUAGUGACCAGCUUCCAAUUGACUUGUUAACUUGGUUGGUAGAGCACUGCACCGGUAUCGCAGAGGUCACGUGUUCAAAUCCCGUGCAGGCCUGAAUUUUUUUCAGGCCUUAUUUUCACUACUGCCCAAGAUCUCUUCCAUGUUCAGAAUAGCUUAUGUUGUCAUCAUCGCUUUUGGUGUUACGCCUGAAUCUUGAAUCUUGCCAUGGCUCAACAGAUGAAUGGCAGCAACAUCCUGAAACGGAAGAGAUUGCCCUUCUACAAGACAGACACUCAGAAAGCAAACGACUGCGACUUCAGGAAAACGAGGUGGACGAGCUGUCAUUGCAUCUGCUUACCCCUCCGGGCUGGAGCAAGAGAGAUGAGAGACCGAGUAGUGAUGGCGAUGACGAACAGGAGGGGGAGGAAAGCGAAGUCAUGUCCUCAAACCCGUUUGCACUUCUGUCAGACGAGUGAAGUAUAUAACGAAGGAAUUCGUGCCACCGCUGUUACGAAGUGUCAAUUGAUUGCGCCCUCGAGAAGUGACGCGAGAUGAUUUGCAGUGGAGCACAUUGCACUCAAUUCAUAAAUCCGCUUUUAGCUUGUUCGUCGCUUGACGCCGCUUGAUGAUGAAAGAAACAUCUCAGAAUAUGGGAAAGAGACAAAAGGGAUGUCUAAUUCUCUAAACUGAAAAAAUUACCAAAAAAUGUAACAUGAAUCACUCAUCAUUUGUGAACAGCGGUUUGUGGGAUAACUUUCGGAAUCACUUAACGCAUUUUAUUGGUUAUCUUUACCGGGGAAAAAUUCUCGCCAGGUUGUUGCAUUUGCGUAAAAAAAUACCAAAGCUCUCGCACAGUAUUUUUUCUUUUACCUCAAUGGGGCUGAAAUAAAGAG